UAAGCCGUGGUGGCGCCCAGAGCCGCACAGCGCCCCCGCCACCGCGUCUCCUAGCUGCUGCUUUCGAGCUUGCCCGCCCUCCCGCACGCCAUGGCCAGCAUUAAGGACCUCGAGGGGAAGUGGCGCCUGACCGAGAGCCAAGGCUUUGAGGAAUACAUGAAGGAGCUAGGAGUAGGACUAGCUCUUCGGAAAAUGGGUGCCAUGGCCAAACCAGACUGCAUCAUUACUUGUGACGGCAACAAUAUCACCGUUAAAACUGAGAGCACUUUGAAGACGACGCAGUUUUCUUGUACCCUGGGGGAGAAGUUUGAUGAAACUACAGCCGACGGCAGAAAAACUCAGACGGUCUGCACCUUCAAGGAUGGUGCUCUGGUUCAGCACCAGAACUGGGAUGGGAAGGAAAGCACCAUAACAAGGAGAAUCAAGGAUGGGAAGCUGGUGGUGGUACGUGCCAAACGAAUUGCGUCGCCCUGGGGUUUGGGUUUGCGGUCACAGUCUCUGUAACUGUUCUAGAAAAUAUUCACAAUAACAAGGCAGUCCUUGGGUGGACAGAGGAGUGAUGUGAUUCCCAGAGUGUGGCUGGAACAGUUUCUUCCUGCUGCACCACCGAGAGCUUGGCAGGCUACCAAGCAGCAUCUUGCAUACAUACAUAUUUCCCAUUUAUUUAAAGUAAGGGAUAUUUGCCAAAACCAACUGAGUAAUUUAGAGAUCAUAUCCAGUGCUUUAGUCUUCAGGAUAGCAAAUGUGUAUGUAAACAAAACAGCUCUUCUCACGUCUGGAAAUCCUAAAAUACAUUUUCUCCAUCAGCAAGGUCUGUGACAAGAUUUUACAGGAAUCUGGCUGUAAAGUGUUAUUGUCACCCGUGCUCUAGAAUGUACAACCAGCCUGACUUUGUAUCUUUCUCUUAGGAUUGUGUCAUGAACAAUGUGACCUGUACUCGGGUCUAUGAAAAGGUGGAGUGAGGAUUUCGUCGACACACUA